AUGCACAUGACUCUGCCUCGAUUCCAUCCUGCCAAUUUCGGUCAUCUUGACUCGCCAGCCACACCAGCCACACCAUCUUCCACCGUCCAGAGCCCAGCCAUUACCUUAAACCGGGUAACGCAGCCCGUCGUACUGGAAUCUCCGAGGUUGAUGCGUGAGAAGCAACGCGAAUUCAUAGAGAGAACCACGUUGUCAGCCAAGAUUGCAGCCUCUUCGAUGGGCAUCAAACCCGGUGCACCACGGUUGGACCCUCUGGGCAGUCCUAAAGGUCCUGUCACGCCUCUAGCACUCGAAGAAGGUGACGACUACUUUCAAGUCGCUGGAGCAGGCAAAGUGUCACCAGCAGGAAGUCCAGGCCCGGGAAGAAGUCCACGUAGUGAUGUUUCGUCGGACAAGGAGGAAUCGAAGAAAAAGAAAAUCAGACAAGCCGAUGUCUAUCAAUGA